GCUGUUGUGUUUGUGUGUGUGUGUGUGUGUGUGAGAGAGAGAGAGAGAGAGAGAGAGAGCAGCUGUUCACUUCUCAGUGAGAAUGAGAGAAAAUGACGGAUUCAGCGGUUGCGGAGGGACACGUUAAGCUGAGAGACGGUAAAAAGUGGAAGAGUCGGUGGGUGGUUCUCCGUAAACCCUCUCCUGUAGCGGACUGCUUGGUAUUGUUGGUGUCUAAGGAGCGUGGUGCAAAGGAGAAGAGCAGCGUGGUUUUGGAGCACAUCUGUGGGCUGGAGACAGGAGGAGGCAGUGAAGGAGUAUCGUUUGCUCUUACAAUCCUCAGUCUGAAUCAGAUUAUUCAGUUGGGGUUUGAUAGUAAGGAAACCCUGCAGGCCUGGGACCUAAGACUACAUUACUACCUGGGAGAAGUACACAGUUUUAAGGUAACAGUGCUCCCUGGUACUACACUGGAGAGUGGUCCGGCCACACUUCACCUGUGCAACAAUUUGCUCGUCAUUGCCCGGGAUUUCCCUCCUGUCAUCACCGGCCAGUGGAAUCUUCUGGAUCUGCGCAGAUAUGGUCCAGUCGCCAAUGGCUUUGUGUUCGAGGGUGGCACUCGCUGUGGUUACUGGACUGGUGUGUUCUUCGUGUCCUGUGCUGAAGGGGAGCAAAUCAGUUUUUUGUUUGACUGUAUAGUACGUGGCAUCUCUCCAUCCAGGGGUCCCUUCGGAAUCAAACCGCUGCUACCAGAGUCUAGUGUCAGUGCAGCAUCAGCGGAGGAGAGACUGAACCAAGAGACUGAAGAGCUGGCAAAGAGACUCAGUCUGCUGUCUAACAGCACAGCUUCCACCUCCAGUUUCAGCUCCUCAGCAGUGGGAGAUGACCGCAGCAUGUCCGGAUCCUCUGAGAAUUCAGAAACCAGCCACUCGGACUCCAGCAUCGGCAGCCGGAUGACCCUGUGGGCACAGCCAGUCCCAUCUGCUGCAUCCGGGUCCAGUAGAACCACCUCUCACGGAGAUGAAAAAUCGCCAAAUAAUUCAGAAACUGGCCCCAAGGUGCCACCCAAGCCCACUCACUCACGUACGCUUCAGGAAAUCGGACGUCAGAACUCCUCGGACAGCGGCAUUGCUACAGGGAGCCACUCAUCCUAUUCCGGAAGCUUUUCAUCAUAUGAAGGCAACUUAGAUACAGGAAGUCCCAAGGAAGAAUAUGGAACUUUGCUCAGCUUACCCCCACCCUCCAAUCCUGAAAAACAUCCCUGUACCUGUCCGGUCAGCCAUACCCAUGAGUAUCAGGUACCUUCAUCAUUGCGCUACCUGUAUGACACACCCCGUAGCCUUCUGGAGGCCAGAGAGAACAAAGAAGCUGCAGCUCAUGAAAAGACUGAGAUGAUUAAAGAGCAGACAGAAGUCUCAGCUGCUGAAUGCUUCAUUCCUGUAUCUCAAAGUACAGACACACAUGCUGACUGCCUGAUUCGUUCUCCACAUCUGGCUGCAUCCAGGACACUCUUCACAACCUGCCCCCUCUGUGGAGGCCUCAAGAGAGCUCCCUUGCCUCAGACAGGAACUGCACGACAGCAUGAGGUGGCAGCAGGUGGAAAAUCAGCCAGACUUAACUUCGGUGGAUCAGUUCAUCCGGAGCAGCAACCUCAAACUCACUUGUGCUCAAUUUCAACUCGAAGCACGUCAUUAAUGAGUCCAAAAACCAGCGACAAACUGCAGGAGGCCAGCCCUGAGAACUAUCUGUACAGCCUGUCUGACCUUUUGGGUCAUUACUCUCCAGGAAAGAGUGACACCAUGUCAAUUAAAGCAAGCUUAGCUGAUCCAGCAGGACAGUGUUGUUCUUUGGAGAACAGUAACCAAGUUCCAACCGGUCCGUAUAUGCCAAUGUCUUCAGCAUUAUCAAAACCUCACUGUGCAGAAUCCUGUCAACCUAGUCGUGCUGUUUCUUUUCAUCAAACCUCUCGCUCGUCAAUAUAUGAAAACUGCCACAAGUGUAGGAAAGGGCUGGAUGGCUGCAUGACACCCACGACAGGUCCUCCUGUAAUAAGAGGUGGCUUGACUUCACCAGCUGAACUGAAGAUAAGUGAAGGACAAGGUCACUCUUCCCUCCUCCAAGAACUAGGAUUAAAGAUUCAGCAUGAUACAGAACCUCAUCCUGCUAUUCUCAAUUCCUCGCCAGUCUUACAGCUAAAUGAUGGAGAACCAACAGUCGGAGAUAAACAGAGAAGUCACGUGGACGGAGGGAGGAUGGAUCCUGCCUACAAGAUCACAGAGAGCCAAGCAACAGACCGGAGCUCAGAGUUAGACGAAAAGAGCAGAUUUGAAUGGAUGGGCAGCUGUGGGCAGCAGCAGAGAGCUGACGAUACUGAGGGUUGUACAGGGGUGAGUGACAGACCUAGAGAAGUGACGUAUGUAAAUAUUCCAAUCAGUCCAACAUCCAAAAAGCAGCUUCACUACAUGGAGUUGGAGUUGCAGGAGCAUGGCACCACUAUUCGAGGAAAAGGCACGACUAAAUACGCUCAGAUCGACAUCGCUGUGACAGAGGCGGCACAUAGAGUGGGCACCCAGCAUGCACUGGGCCGGGAGGCGGGACUUCAGAGGCUAGAGCAAUUAAGGAGAGGAGGUGCACCACAGUGACUUUGUUAAUGCCUCUCUUCUUCACCACGGUUACACGGAUUGUAACGUACACAAUUCAGGACAAACUUUCUCUUCUAAGAAGAAAGAAACAAGGUGGGACGCACCCAGCUCUCUCCACAUGGUCAGAUACAGUUUAAUGGUC